GCAGAGAAAAAGCCAGAGAGAGACUUGGAAGAGAGACUUGAGACAGAAGAAAGAGUGGAGCGCGCCGUCGGAAGAGCAGCAAAGUAAAGAACCCCCUCUUUUAUUAAUAUUGUUAUUAAUAUUAAUAUUCUUACUCCUUUUGGGUCUUGGCUCUGCUUGGAAAAGGCUUGGGCAAGGCUUGGGAAAGGGCCCCGCUCCGGAGCCUGCUUGUUGCUCUGCUCCGUCUCUCUCGCUUUGCUCCAAGCUGGCGCAUCUUCUAAGCGCCUCGACGAUGUACGGGAUGCUGGACGGCGGCGAGCUCAAAGGCUCCCAGCCCAACUCGAUGGGCAACGGAGGAGGCAACACUAGUAAAGGCGGAGGAGGAGGAGGUGGAGGAGGAGGAGGAGGUGGGCCUGGCCCCACGGACCAAGACCGGGUCAAGCGCCCCAUGAACGCCUUCAUGGUCUGGUCCCGGGGCCAACGUCGGAAGAUGGCCCAGGAGAACCCCAAGAUGCACAACUCUGAGAUCUCCAAGCGUUUGGGCGCCGACUGGAAGCUUUUGAGUGAUGCUGAGAAGAGGCCCUUCAUCGACGAGGCCAAGCGCCUCCGCGCCGUCCACAUGAAGGAGUAUCCGGAUUACAAGUACCGUCCCCGUCGGAAGACCAAGACCUUGCUGAAGAAGGACAAGUACUCCUUGCCGGGGGGGCUGCUGGCUCCGGCUGGGGGGGGGCCAGGCGGCGGAGGGGGGGUAAGCAGCCCCGUCCAGCGCUUGGACUCCUAUGCCCACAUGAAUGGCUGGCCCAACGGCGCCUACGCCUCCCUGAUGCCCGAGCAGCUGGGCUACAGCCAGCACCCGGCCAUGGGCAAUGCCCAGCUCCAGCCCAUGCCCCGCUACGACGUGAGCGGCCUCCAGUACAGCCCCAUCAUGUCCUCGGCCCAGCCCUAUAUGGCCGCCGCCGCCUCGACGUACAGCAUGGCAGCCGCCGCCGCCGCUUACGGGGCUCCGCAGCCGUCGGGGCCCGCCUUGAGCCUCGGGACCAUGGUCAAAUCCGAACCCAGCUCCCCUCCGCCGGCCCUGGCCUCCCACUCGCAAAGGGCCUGCCUCGGGGAUUUGAGGGAUAUGAUCAGCAUGUAUUUGCCCCCCGGAGGAGACCCCUCCAGCGACCCCUCCGGCCUCCAAAGCGGCGGCGGCGGCAGCAGCCGUCUGCACCAGCAUUACCAGGCCGCCGGGACUGGGGUCAAUGGGACUGUGCCCCUGACCCAUAUCUAGACCCCCCCAAGAGGAACCAGAUCCCCCUCUUGGCCCUAAGGACCCCCAAAAAGCCAACCUUUUGGAAAUGAAGGCUUUUCUUGGACCGCGCCUUCGAACAAAGCGCUCCGCCGCCGCUUGCGACUUUGCCCAAACUUUUCUUCCUUGCGAUGUUUGUGGCUUUAUUUGGGAUUUUUUGGGGGGAGACUUUAGACAUUGGGGCCGCUCGCCUCUGCUCCCAGGAACAACUCCCCCCCCCCGAUGGAAAAUAAUCGAUAUGAUGACUGCUAUCUUUUGGGGGGUAUAACAAAGAAGAGGAGGAGGAGGAGAAUGUCCUUGUCUGGUUGAGAAGCACAAAGAGUCCUCUAACUUUGGGGGGAUCCGGGGAAAAGAGGGGCUUCCUUUUAAUGUUUAUUUUUUUGGGGGGGAGGAGACUUGAUUUUGUUGUUGUUGUUGUUCUUGUGUGGGACAAGCCCUCCCGGAAAACAAUAAUAAUAACCCCAAAUAUAGAAUGAGAAUGGUGGACUUGAAAAGAUUUUGUUUUUAUCGCCUGGGUUGAAGUGGGUUCAUUUCUCCUCUCCUCAUUUUCCCCACAUUUUUUCUUUCUUUCUUUCUUUCUUUUUUAAAAGGAAAACUUUUUAAAAUCUGGAAUUUUCCCUUUUCUCUUCAGAAAGUUGAUAUUUGUUUUUAUCGCCUGGGUUGAAGUGGGUUCAUUUCUUCUCCAAACUCCCAACAUUUCUCCUCUCCUCUUUCCCCCCACUUCUUUCUUUCUUUCCUUUUUUAAAAGGAAAACUUCUUAAAAUCUGGAGUUUCCCCCUUUUCUUCAGAAAGUUGACACUAAUUUUUGUUGAAGCCGCAUUAUUUCUCCUCCCAGCUCCAACAUUUCUCCUUCCCUCCUUUUCCCCACUUCUUUCUUUCUUUCUUAAAAUGUGGAAUUAACCGAUUCUCUUCAGAAAGUUGACAUUAGUUUUUGUUGUCUGGGUUGAAGUUAGGGUCAUUUCUCCUCCAAACUCUAACAGUUUCUCCUCCUUUCCCCCCACUUCCAUCCUUCUUUCUUUUCUUUCCUUGUAAAAGACAAAGUUUCCAUUUCUCUUUCCAAGUUUUCCCAGAUGAAAGUUGGGGAGGAAAAUGGCUCAGAAAGGCAACAUUUUGCUUUUUUCAAUAGGACUCCUUUUUAAAAUAUAUACAUUUUAUUCUUUUUCAUCUUCAUAAAAAAACUUAUUUCCAUUUUCAAAGGAUUUUUUAAAGCCAGGUAAAAGCAGGAUUGAGCCCAAAAUUGGGGGAAAUAUUCGGAUCCCAAACCACACUUACAAUUUUGGGGGAGGAACUUUUGGACUGAAGUUAAAAGAGGUGUUUAAAAAAAUAAUUUAAAAUUUCUAGGACUUUAGUAACGACGCAAAGUAACGCGUUACUUCUCCCCCCCCACCUUCCACCCUUUUGUUUGGAGUAAAGGGAGUUGUGAAUAUAUCUGUAAAGAGGAGGGCUUCGUUUUAUCCUGGGGCCGUUGUAAAUUUCUGUACAAACAGUUAUUAUUUGGUGUUACUUUGUUUUGAUUUCGUUUCUCCCCCGUUUUCGUUUUGUGGAUCUCUUUGUUUUGCACGAAACGGGUCCUUUAGUUAACGAUGCUUUUUUAAACAUAUACAGUAUAUAUUAUUUUCGUUGUCGUUGGUUGUGUCUUUGGAAAAGGAUUAUUAUUUUUCCCUCCCCAUCGAUCCUAUUUUUUCCCCUUUCCUUGUCCCUUUUUUUGCCUCCUUCCGACAAAGAACUUUAAAGAGAGAACAAUAAAUUUUAUA